AUGACGGCCCAACAACCAUGCCGUUUCAAGAUGUGCCCACUUGCAAAGGAAACCCACCUAUCCGCUGUGAAACCUCCCCACGUGAGCUUGGCUGCCACCGUUGAUCCCGUCCGCCACCCUUCAUCCUGGCCACACCGCCAAUGCGUAACUUCUUCCAUCGCGGUCCAGCUCAAGUAUAGCGGGGUAAGCCGUUGUGUGCGAAAAACCUUCCUCCUCGUUGCCAGACAGCGAGAAUCAGACUCAAGACUACUUUGCGCUGUAAACAUGUCGUCGGAACCAGAUCUACAUCGGGCCAUUUCCAUGAAACCACACCCGUUCCAUACCCACCCCGAGCGUAUGGAACGGACGGCAAGUCCCCACAUUCACCUAAGCUCCAGCACCUCGCAUCACCAUGCUCAUCUCUCAGAGCCCUCGAGCCGUAAAAAUGAUGCUAGUAGCACCGCCGUGGAGACGGCCAACGACCACGACCACGACCCGAUUGCACGCCAUGUUCCGGUAUGCACCAGCACCUCGGACGACGUGGAGCGCCAAUCCCCACCCGCCUACACUCCAGACAUUGACCCCUAUCGCCUCUCCGCUGCCAUCAAGGGUGAAAAUGAACUUGCCCUCAUCCGCGCCAACACCUCCCGCAAGCGCGAUGGCUGCGGUGGGCCCAUGACGCUCAACGCCAAAGCCCGCAGCGCCAAAAAGCUCGAGGAGUUCUAUGAAGCCCAAAAUGAGAACAUUGAACGCUUGCUCAAGCCCGUCGACGACCACCGCCGCGACGCAAAGGAUGAAGAUACAGCCAACCAUCUCAAAUACAAAAUCGCCGUUAUUGGCUCCUUCGCUGCCAAUAUCCUACUAGCCAUCUUGCAGCUCUACGCUGCCAUCUCGUCACGUUCGCUAUCGCUCUUCACCACCAUGGCAGAUUCCCUCUUCGACCCGCUGAGCAACCUCACGCUAAUCAUGUGCAACCGCGCUGUUGCUCGCGUCGACGGCCGAAAGUUCCCUUCUGGCAAAGCGAGGAUAGAAACUGCGGGCAACCUCUCCUUCUGCGCCCUCAUGAUCACCGUCUCGGUCGUUAUUAUUGUAGAAGCCAUCCGCACCUUUGCUGAACACUCUGGACCUGAAACAAACGACUUUUAUCUUCCUUCUGUAAUCGCUGUCUCCAUUGCUUUUGCGACCAAAUUUAGUCUGUUCUUGUACUGCUGGGCGCUACGGAACAAGUACAGUCAAGUACGGAUCUUAUGGGAGGACCAUCGCAAUGAUUUAUUCAUCAAUGGCUUCGGUGUGUUGACCAGUGUGGGCGGCAGUAAGUUGAGGUGGUGGUUAGAUCCCAUGGGUGCCACGAUAUUGAGUUGUUUGAUCAUAUUUUUAUGGUCCAGGACGGCCUAUAGUGAGUUUCAGCUUUUAAUCGGUGUUACGGCAGAUACGGCCAUGUUGCAACACAUCACUUAUAUCUCCAUGACGCACUCUCCAGCCAUCCGCCAAAUUGAUACCGUACGCGCAUACCACUCUGGUCCGCGCCUCAUAGUCGAAGUUGACAUUGUGAUGGAGCCCGAGGAGACACUGCGCGCUACCCACGAUGUAGCUGAGGAACUCCAAAUCAAACUCGAGAGUCUGCCCGAUGUAGAGAGGGCAUAUGUACACGUCGACUAUGAAACAGAUCACCGUCCUGAGCACUCCUUGAAAAAGGAGCUGUGA